AAGCCUGGAGAGUUCUGCCGUGUCAGCCAGUGGUCAUCUGUUCCCGCCCGCUGUGCCCCCGAAGGCGCCCUGCCCGCAGUCCCCGGUGGAGCCGGUCCCUCCCCGCCUGGGUCCCGUGGCGACAAGUGUUGGGCAACGCCGCGUCCCACUGAGUCACCUGCCAGUCAGGCCGGCCCGCCUCAUUUCCUUCCCUAAUUCUAGAGCUCCCAAGCGCGGGCCAGAGGAGAGCAGAAGAGGGUCCGAGAGAGAUGAUCCCGCCGAAGUUUGCCGCCCCGGGGCUGGCUCUCUGGGUGGCCGCCAGCUGCCUCCUUGCAGCAUGGGCUUCGGCUCAGGGCGAACCGGCAUCGCAGUGGCUGGUGCAGAGGCCGGGGCCUCCUGGUGACUUGCUGUGCUCCGGCGCCGAACCAUCAGACCCACGUUGCCCCCGUAGGAAAAAAUCCGCCACACUGCUGCCCUCCUUUACCAAGACCACGACGCCGGCCACCACCCACCACCUGAAAACCACCCACCAUCCCACGACACAUACCACCAAGCACACCACACAUCCAGCCAAUCACACCACCCCCCACCCCGCCAAUCACACCACCAGCUGCCCUCCUUUACCAAGACCACGACGCCGGCCACCACCCACCACCUGA